AUGCCCAAUACUCGCUCACGAGGCGAGAUAAUUGAGCAACCCUUUGACGAACCCGAGCGUCUUCUUAACGAACGACGCCGAAAUUUAAGUACUCAACCCGAGAAUAUCGAAACCGAAAUUCUCACUCUCGAAGUAACCGAAGAAAUCAUUAACGAAAUAGUUGACGAACCAGUCAUGGCUGAAAAUCGUCCACUUAGAUCUUACGCUAUUCCUUCGCAAGAAGAACCGCAUAAUAGCAUCGCUGCCCCCGCUAUUGAAGCAAACAAUUUCGAGCUUAAACCUUCAUUGUUGGCUAUAGUACAACAAAACCAAUUCUCCGGAAAUCCCGCGGACGACCCUAAUCUACAUUUGUCCAUAUUCUUGCAAUAUGCCGAUACUAUCAAAGCUAAUGGUGUCAGUCCCGAAGCUAUAAGACUUCGUUUAUUCCCAUUCUCAUUAAGGGAUAAAGCUAGAGCCUGGCUCCAGUCCCUACCAUCCAACUCAGUCGCAACAUGGGAUGAGUUGAAGAAAGUCUUUUUAGCAAGAUAUUUCCCGCCUAGCAAAACUGCUAUGCUAAGAGCCCAAAUCAAUGGAUUUAGACAAAGAGACAACGAAUCUCUUUUCGAAGCAUGGGAAAGAUACAAAGAAAUGAUUAGGAUAUGUCCUCAUCAUGGGCUCGAAAAUUGGCUAAUUAUCCACACCUUUUACAAUGGUCUCUUGUAUAAUACAAGAAUGACAAUAGAUGCCGCAGCUGGUGGCGCACUUAUGGAUAAACCAUACAACCAAGCCUAUCAGCUUAUCGAGAGCAUGGCUCAGAACCAUUAUCAGUGGGGAAACGAGAGAACAACAGUAGAUAAACCUCAAACGAAAGGUGGAAUGUACGAAAUCAGCAACAUGGACCACAUCAAUGCCAAGUUAGAUGCCUUAACUCAAAAGAUAGAGAGUCUAACCAACGCACCCAAAGCCAACGUGGCUGCAACAAUACAAAAUUGUGAGUUGUGCGGAGCUCAAGGUCAUACAAUCGCUGAAUGUCGACUUCUAACCGAAGCUCCCAACGACCAAGUGAAUUACACUCAAGGGAACUCUUACAACCAAAACCAGAGAAAUCACCCGUAUCUUUCGUACAAUAGCAACAACGCUUUAUAUGCACCUGGCCAAACACCUACUCCUUCGCCACCAGGAUUCCAAAAACCUGCUCAAAAUGCUCCUAUGAAGUCAAACCUUGAAUUGAUGAUGGAGAACUUCAUAGCCCUACAAACUCAAACUAACAAGGAAUUCCUAAAUCAAAACAUACACACUAAUGAGCAAAUUAAGCAAUUAACAAGCAGGCUAGAACUCUUGACCACUCACAAUAAGAUGUUAGAAACACAAAUCGCACAAGUGGCACAACAACAAGCAUCUACCUCUGCUCCUGCAGGCAUAUUUCCUGGCCAGCCUCAGCCAAACCCUAGGGGACAUGUGAAUGCUGUUAUAUUACGAAGUGGGACACAAUACGAUGGACCAGCUGAUCCCAGAACUAAAAAUCCUGCCAUGCAACCCAACUCAGAUGAGGUAACCAAGGGAGAGAGUGAACAAAACAUAAAAGAUAAAGAAAAUAGUGGGGAGGAAAUCAUAGAAAAGAAGAAACCUUAUAUACCCCCACCACCAUAUCAACCACCCAUCCCGUAUCCUCAAAGAUUUGAGAAAUCCAAAAGCGAGGGACAGUUUAGGAAAUUUGUAGAACUUCUAAAAAAAUUUAACAUCACAAUACCUUUUACGGAAGCUAUCACACAAAUGCCCUCGUACGCUAAGUUUCUUAAAGAUAUCUUAACUAAUAAGAAAAAGAUCGAGGAAGAAGAAACCGUUAUGCUUACUGCCGAGUGUAGCUCCAUACUUCAAAAUAAUAUGCCUCCUAAGCUAAAAGACCCAGGAAGUUUUUCCAUACCCUGUGUAAUUGGAAAUUAUGUAAUAGAUAGGGCCCUAUGCGAUUUAGGAGCCAGUAUCAGCUUAAUGCCUAUGUCCAUAUGCGAAAAACUUAAUUUAGGAGAAUUGAGACCAACUAAAAUGUCAAUACAAUUCGCUGACCGUUCUGUCAAAUACCCCUUAGGUAUACUAGAAAACGUGCCAGUACGUGUAGGUCAAUUCUAUAUCCCUACCGAUUUUAUAGUCAUGGACAUAAGGGAAGAUUCCAAUACACCUAUCAUUUUAGGAAGGCCAUUCUUAGCAACCGCCGGUGCCAUAAUAGAUGUGAAAAAAGGAAAGCUCACCUUUGAAGUAGGUGAAGAAAAAGUUGAAUUUAUCUUAACACAAUUCAUGAACGCAUCGGCCAUUGAAGAUAGUUGCUAUAUGUUAGACGUCGUCAAAGAAUGUGGAAAAGAGAUGGAGAAAGAUAAAACCAAAAAUUCUGAAAUUCUAAAAACUCUCAUCCCUCCGACUCAUAAAAAUGGUAAUGACGACCUAGCUAAGAAAAGCUCUUGCUGUAGACUCGACAUAGCUGAAUCAAAUGUCGAUAACACACCCUUUAAACGAGUACCUCCCGACAUACUAAAAGCCCAACCAGAAAGUAAUAUCUUCCAAAAUAAAACAUCUCUGUUUGCCUCCAAGAAAAAGAAAGGAAAAAGGAAAACACCUAUGAGAUGGUUUGACAUGUUCAAAUGGAGACCUAAGGAUGUUGGACAUAAUUUUAAGGACGUGAGUUUGGAAGAGGCACCAUACUAA